AACUUCUUUGCCCCCACUUUUGUCUUUGCUGCUCCUCGUCUUCGCAGGUACCAUGAGUUUCUCCAAGUCCACCUUCUACUCCACCUCCCAGAGGCCAUUCAAGUUUGGCACCGGGAGCACCGCGGCCAGCGUCUACGCUGGAGCCGGUGGCUCCGGCUCGAGAAUUUCUGUUUCCAGAGUCUCUGGCCUGGGCUCAGGCUACGGUGGUGGCUAUGGAGGAAGCUCAGGCUACGGAGGAAGCUCAAGUUACGGAGGGGGCUACGGGGGGAUGAGCAGCAGCAUCCACCUCUCCGGUUCUGGGGUGGUCCAGAACGAGAAGGAAACCAUGCAAGACCUGAAUGACCGUCUGGCCAGUUACCUGGAGAAGGUGCGCAGCCUGGAAGCCGAUAACCGGCAGCUGGAGAUCCAGAUCCGCGAGUACAUGGAGAAGAAAGGGCCCAGCACCCGAGACUGGGGUCGUAAUUUUGAGAUCAUCGAGGAUUUGAAGAACCAG